GCCCCAAAGGACAGAACUUUCCUUCAGGGUAUCCUCCAAGCUUCCCCACUUGGCCUCUACUUUUUCAUUUUUUUUAAGGGAUUUUUGUAACACACUCUCUCUUCUUCUGCUCAAAUUCCCCAUUUCUACUUGCAGGAAACAGAGCAAAUAGGAGAAAAUGUAUGCAGAUACAGGGCUAGGGUUCCGAUUCAUGCAGGGUUGUUCUCCAGAAAUCCAUCAGUUCGAAGACCUCUUUAAACCCUACAAGCUCUCUGAUCAAACGAUCAGUCUUGUUGAGGCGUGUGAGUAUGGUUUCGGAGAAGAGAGUGACUUAUUCAAAUCCCCUGAGCCGAUCAUUGAAGAACCAAUGCUAGCCGUUGACCCCCUCUCUCAAGAGAUUGUUGAACUCAGUGAUCUCGGGUCGUUGCAGAGUGACCAACAGCUUAUAGAAAAGGCUUUCUACGAGUGUGAGCAGGAGCUCCUAGUGAAAUCAGCCAUGGAGUCUCCACUGCUCUCCGAGGUACUAGACAGGAAGAACGUCUCUCAAGUGGCGGAAACGGACAUUAGUAGCGUAGUUGUCUCUGAUGUCCCAGUUCCUAAGAGCGUGAGCUCGGGGAACCUGAGAUCGAUGGAUGUGGCACAGCACGAGGAUGCGGUGAUUCAGAGGUUCUUCCCUCCAGUGGAUAAUGGAAUGAGAAGAGCCUUUAGCGAGAGCGAUAUACAGACACUGGGGACUAGAAACGCGGGUCAGGUUCAGUCUCAGCUGGAUCGAAUAAUUGUUUGUUGUACCUCUGAGGACCGUCGUGAGAAGCUUUCUCGAUACAGGGACAAGAAGAGCAGGAGGAAUUUCGGGCGUAAAAUCAAGUAUGCUUGCAGGAAGACACUUGCAGACAGUCAACCGAGGAUCCGAGGAAGGUUUGCGAAAACCGAGGAGAUGCAGAAAUGAGGAUUUGUUAGUUAGGUACCUGAAGUUGAGCAAGAAGAACAGUUUGAUGAAGUGUUUUUGUAUAUAAAGGUUUGUCUGAAUAAGAGUAGGAAGGAAAACAAGUUGUAGUAGGAUUUACUCAAGUGAUAUGCUUAUCUAUGUUUAGAUCUUAUGAAGCUCACUCAGUCUCUAAAACUCUAAAUUUAUAAGCUGCGUGAUGUUCCUUUA